UGAGUCUCACUCUGUCGACCAGGCUGGAGAGCACUGGGGCAAUCUUGGCUCACUGCCAGCUCCGCCUCCCGGGUUCAUGCCAUUCUCCUGCCUCAGCCUCUGGAGUAGCUGAGACUACAGGCGCCCGCCACCACACCUGGCUAAUUUUUUGUAUUUUUAGUAGAGACGGGGUUUCACUGUGUUAGCCAAGAUGGUCUCGAUCUCCUGACCUCGUGAUCCGCCCGCCUCGGCCUCCCAAAGUGCUGGGAUUACAGGCGUGAGCCACUGCGCCCGGCCUAGCCUCAUUCUUUUACAAUAAGAUAACAUGAUAUAUGUUGAUACAACACGUUUUCUCUCUUUUUUUUUUUUUUUUUUGAGACGGAGUCUGUCUCUGUCGCCCAGGCUGGAGAGCAGUGGGGCGAUCUUGGCUCACUGCAAGCUUCGCCUCCCGGGUUCACGCCAUUCUCCUGCCUCAGCCUCCCGAGUAGCUGGGACUACAGGCACCCGCCACCUCGCCCGGCUAAUUUUUUGUAUUUUUAGUAGAGACGGGGUUUCACCGUGUUAGCUAGGACGGUCUUGAUCUCCUGACCUCGUGAUCCACCCGCCUCGGCCUCCCAAAGUGCUGGGAUUACAGGCGUGAGCCACCUCGCCCGGCCAACACGUUUUCUUAAGAUUAAAGCUGUUACAUAAAUGAUCGUUCAUAAUUUUGGGAAGCACACCUGCCCUUAAUAUCCUGUUUUUCCACUGGGUGCUUUCUGCAGAGGGCCAACGUAGCCAUCACAUUCGGAUUCUUCCUGACUUCAUUCUCAGAGGAUUACUCUAUCUUGAAGUGCUCAAGGCUCCAGGCACCAUCUAUAACGACAACUCCCAACUUUCCAGCUCAUCUCCAGCCUGUGCUUCUCCCCGACUCAACUCAUUUUCAACCACGUGCUAGGCCUCCACCCUUGGAUGUCGAAGAGCCAUCUCCAGUUCCACCCAGUUCAUCUUCAUCAGAACAUCUGAGUCGUCGUCUCUGCAGUCCAUUUGUUUGCCCGCUUGGGAACAGUAAGCUCCUUAAGAACAGGGCUACUACCGCGCUCUCAGAGGCGCUGCACUGGAACAGCGCGGGCACAAGGCAGCGUCGGUCAUUGCUCCUGGGUACUAGGGCAGCAAAUAAACCCAGCAGCUGCGUCUGCCUGCCUGGAGUUGGAUCUUUUUGGGCGAGGGUGUACUGGUCCUUCUGACACCAGCGAAGUAUAAGGUCUACGUUUAUGUACUUGCCAGAUAUUUAAUGACCUCCAACGAUAGACAUGCCCCCCCAACACCUCCUUCAGUCUUUUUGAUUCUUUGAGAACCUUUGAACCACGCAGGAUCCUAGCCCUAGGGUGCGGUCGGACCUGCCGCGAAGCCAGCCGCCGGGGCUCCUUCCCGAGGCGCCGCCAUGGGAUCCGCGGUGACCUACGAGGGGCGGCUGGGUGGUGGCCAUUGGGCGACGGUGCAGGGUCAAGGGCUGGGCUCCGGGAUCGUGGGGAGACCGGGGGUCCCGGAGCCCCGCAGCCCCGUAGGCCACUGCCUCGCCGCCCGACGUCACUUCCGACUGGAGCCAAGAUGGCGGCAGCGCGGCCUCGGGCGCCGGGGCCGGCGGAACGGCGGCGGCGGCGGCCCUCGGCGCUCUGAGGCGCGGGCGCGGCGGGCGCGGAGCACUACUGAGCCUGCGGCGGCCACCGAGACCCUGGCUGAGGUACCCGAACAUGUGCUGCGAGGACUUCCGGAGGAAGUGAGGCUUUUCCCUUCUGCUGUUGACAAGACCCGGAUUGGUGUCUGGGCCACUAAACCAAUUUUAAAAGGCAAAAAAUUUGGGCCAUUUGUUGGUGAUAAGAAGAAAAGAUCUCAGGUUAAGAAUAAUGUAUACAUGUGGGAGGUGUAUUACCCAAAUUUGGGAUGGAUGUGCAUUGAUGCCACUGAUCCAGAGAAGGGAAACUGGCUGCGAUAUGUGAAUUGGGCUUGCUCAGGAGAAGAGCAAAAUUUAUUCCCACUGGAAAUCAACAGAGCCAUUUACUAUAAAACUUUAAAGCCAAUCGCGCCGGGCGAGGAGCUUCUGGUCUGGUACAAUGGGGAAGACAACCCUGAGAUAGCAGCUGCGAUUGAGGAAGAGCGAGCCAGCGCCCGGAGCAAGCGGAGCUCCCCCAAGAGCCGGAAAGGGAAGAAAAAAUCCCAGGAAAAUAAAAACAAAGGAAACAAAAUCCAAGACAUACAACUGAAGACAAGUGAGCCAGAUUUCACCUCUGCAAAUAUGAGAGAUUCUGCAGAAGGUCCUAAAGAAGACGAAGAGAAGCCUUCAGCCUCAGCACUUGAGCAGCCAGCCACCCUCCAGGAGGUGGCCAGUCAGGAGGUGCCUCCAGAACUAGCAACCCCUGCCCCUGCCUGGGAGCCACAGCCAGAACCAGACGAGCAAUUAGAAGCGGCAGCUUGUGAGGUGAAUGAUUUGGGGGAAGAGGAGGAGGAGGAAGAGGAGGAGGAUGAAGAAGAAGAAGAAGAAGAAGAAGAUGAUGAGUUGGAAGACGAGGGGGAAGAAGAAGCCAGCAUGCCAAAUGAAAGUUUUGUGAAAGAGCCAGAAAUACGGUGUGAUGAGAAGCCAGAAGAUUUAUUAGAGGAACCAAAAACAACUUCAGAAGAAACUCUUGAAGACUCCUCAGAGGUAACACCUGCCAUGCAAAUCCCCCGAACUAAAGAAGAGGCCAAUGGUGAUGUAUUUGAAACGUUUAUGUUUCCGUGUCAGCAUUGUGAAAGGAAGUUUACAACCAAACAGGGGCUUGAGCGUCACAUGCAUAUCCAUAUAUCCACCGUCAAUCAUGCUUUCAAAUGCAAGUACUGUGGGAAAGCCUUUGGCACACAGAUUAACCGGCGGCGACAUGAGCGGCGCCAUGAAGCAGGGUUAAAGCGGAAACCCAGCCAAACACUACAGCCGUCAGAGAAUCUGGCUGAUGGCAAAGCAUCUGGAGAAAACGUUGCUUCGAAAGAUGAAUCGAGUCCUCCCAAUCUUGGGCCAGACUGUCUGAUCAUGAAUUCAGAGAAGGCUUCCCAAGACACAAUAAAUUCUUCUGUCGUAGAAGAGAAUGGGGAAGUUAAAGAACUUCAUCCGUGCCAAUAUUGUAAAAAGGUUUUUGGAACUCAUACUAAUAUGAGACGGCAUCAGCGUAGAGUUCACGAACGUCAUCUGAUUCCCAAAGGUGUACGGCGAAAAGGAGGCCUUGAAGAGCCCCAGCCUCCAGCAGAACAGGCCCAGGCCACCCAGAACGUAUAUGUACCAAGCACAGAGCCCGAGGAGGAAGGGGAAGCAGAUGACGUGUACAUCAUGGACAUUUCUAGCAAUAUCUCUGAAAACUUAAAUUACUAUAUUGAUGGUAAAAUUCAAACUAAUAACAACACUAGUAACUGUGACGUGAUUGAGAUGGAGUCUGCUUCGGCAGACUUGUAUGGUAUAAAUUGUCUGCUCACUCCAGUUACAGUGGAAAUUACUCAAAAUAUAAAGACCACACAGGUCCCUGUAACAGAAGAUCUUCCUAAAGAGCCUUUGGGCAGCACAAAUAGUGAGGCCAAGAAGCGGAGAACUGCGAGCCCGCCUGCACUGCCCAAAAUUAAGGCCGAAACAGACUCUGACCCCAUGGCCCCCUCUUGCUCCUUAAGUCUUCCUCUUAGCAUAUCAACAACGGAGGCAGUGUCUUUCCAUAAAGAGAAAAGUGUUUAUUUGUCAUCAAAGCUCAAACAACUUCUUCAAACCCAAGAUAAACUAACUCCUCCUGCAGGGAUUUCAGCAACUGAAAUAGCUAAAUUAGGUCCUGUUUGUGUGUCUGCUCCUGCAUCAAUGUUGCCUGUGACCUCAAGUAGGUUUAAGAGGCGGACCAGCUCUCCUCCCAGUUCUCCACAGCACAGUCCUGCCCUUCGAGACUUUGGAAAGCCAAGUGAUGGGAAAGCAGCAUGGACCGAUGCAGGGCUGACUUCCAAAAAAUCCAAAUUAGAAAGUCAUAGCGACUCACCAGCGUGGAGUUUGUCUGGGAGAGAUGAGAGAGAAACUGUGAGCCCUCCAUGCUUUGAUGAAUAUAAAAUGUCUAAAGAGUGGACAGCCAGUUCUGCUUUUAGCAGUGUGUGCAACCAGCAGCCACUGGAUUUAUCCAGCGGUGUCAAACAGAAGAGUGAGGGUACAGGCAAGACUCCGGUCCAGUGGGAAUCUGUCUUAGAUCUCAGUGUGCAUAAAAAGCAUUGUAGUGACUCUGAAGGCAGGGAAUUCAAAGAAAAUCAUUCAGUGCAGCCUAUGUGUAGUGCUGUAAAGAAAAGGAAACCAACCACCUGCAUGCUGCAGAAGGUUCUUCUCAAUGAAUAUAAUGGCAUCGAUUUACCUGUAGAAAACCCUGCAGAUGUGACCAGGAGCCCAAGUCCUUGUAAAUCCCUAGAAGCUCAGCCAGAUCCUGACCUCGGUCCGGACUCUGGUUUCCCUGCCCCUACUGUUGAGUCCACACCUGAUGUUUGUCCUUCAUCACCUGCCCUGCAGACACCCUCCCUCUCAUCCGGUCAGCUGCCUCCUCUCUUGAUCCCCACAGAUCCCUCUUCCCCUCCACCCUGUCCCCCGGUAUUAACUGUUGCCACUCCGCCCCCUCCCCUCCUUCCUACCGUACCUCUUCCAGCCCCCACUUCCAGUGCAUCUCCACACCCAUGCCCCUCUCCACUCUCAAAUGCCACAGCACAGUCCCCGCUUCCAAUUCUGUCCCCAACAGUGUCCCCCUCUCCCUCUCCCAUUCCUCCCGUGGAGCCCCUGAUGUCUGCCGCCUCACCCGGGCCGCCAACACUUUCUUCUUCCUCCUCUUCAUCUUCCUCCUCCUCUUCGUUUUCUUCUUCAUCUUCCUCCUCUUCUCCUUCUCCACCUCCUCUCUCCGCAAUAUCAUCUGUUGUUUCCUCUGGUGAUAAUCUGGAGGCUUCUCUCCCCAUGAUAUCUUUCAAACAGGAGGAAUUAGAGAAUGAAAGUCUGAAACCCAGGGAAGAGCCCCAGUCUGCUGCUGAACAGGAUGUUGUUGUUCAGGAAACAUUCAACAAAAACUUUGUUUGCAAUGUCUGUGAAUCACCUUUUCUUUCCAUUAAAGAUCUAACCAAACAUUUAUCUAUUCAUGCUGAAGAAUGGCCCUUCAAAUGUGAAUUUUGUGUGCAGCUUUUUAAGGAUAAAACGGACUUGUCAGAACAUCGCUUUUUGCUUCAUGGAGUUGGGAAUAUCUUUGUGUGUUCUGUUUGUAAAAAAGAAUUUGCUUUUUUGUGCAAUUUGCAGCAGCACCAGCGAGAUCUCCACCCAGAUAAGGUGUGCACACAUCACGAGUUUGAAAGCGGGACUCUGAGGCCCCAGAACUUUACAGAUCCCAGCAAGGCCCACGUAGAGCAUAUGCAGAGCUUGCCAGAAGAUCCUUUAGAAACUUCUAAAGAAGAAGAAGAGUUAAACGAUUCCUCUGAAGAGCUUUAUACGACUAUAAAAAUAAUGGCUUCUGGAGUAAAGACAAAAGAUCCAGAUGUUCGAUUGGGCCUCAAUCAGCAUUACCCAAGCUUUAAACCACCUCCAUUUCAGUACCAUCACCGUAACCCCAUGGGGAUUGGUGUGACAGCCACAAAUUUCACUACACACAAUAUUCCACAGACUUUUACUACCGCCAUUCGCUGCACAAAGUGUGGAAAAGGUGUCGACAACAUGCCGGAGUUGCACAAACAUAUCCUGGCUUGUGCUUCUGCAAGUGACAAGAAGAGGUACACGCCUAAGAAAAACCCAGUACCAUUAAAACAAACUGUGCAACCCAAAAAUGGCGUGGUGGUUUUAGAUAACUCUGGGAAAAAUGCCUUCCGACGAAUGGGACAGCCCAAAAGGCUAAACUUUAGUGUUGAGCUCAGCAAAAUGUCGUCGAAUAAGCUCAAAUUAAAUGCAUUGAAGAAAAAAAAUCAGCUAGUACAGAAAGCAAUUCUUCAGAAAAACAAAUCUGCAAAGCAGAAGGCUGACUUGAAAAAUGCUUGUGAGUCAUCCUCUCACAUCUGCCCUUACUGUAAUCGAGAGUUCACUUACAUUGGAAGCCUGAAUAAACACGCCGCCUUCAGCUGUCCCAAAAAACCCCUUUCUCCUCCCAAAAAAAAAGUUUCUCAUUCAUCUAAGAAAGGUGGACACUCAUCACCUGCAAGUAGUGACAAAAACAGUAACAGCAACCACCGCAGACGGACAGCGGAUGCGGAGAUUAAAAUGCAAAGCAUGCAGACUCCGUUGGGCAAGACCAGAGCCCGCAGCUCAGGCCCCACCCAAGUCCCGCUUCCCUCCUCAUCCUUCAGGUCCAAGCAGAACGUCAAGUUUGCAGCUUCGGUGAAAUCCAAAAAACCAAGCUCCUCCUCUUUAAGGAACUCCAGCCCGAUAAGAAUGGCCAAAAUAACUCAUGUUGAGGGGAAAAAACCUAAAGCUGUGGCCAAGAAUCAUUCUGCUCAGCUUUCCAGCAAAACAUCGCGGAGCCUGCACGUGAGGGUACAGAAAAGCAAAGCUGUUUUACAAAGCAAAUCCACCUUGGCGAGUAAGAAAAGAACAGACCGGUUCAAUAUAAAGUCUAGAGAGCGGAGUGGGGGGCCAGUCACCCGAAGCCUUCAGCUGGCAGCUGCUGCUGACUUGAGUGAGAACAAGAGAGAGGACGGCAGCGCCAAGCAGGAGCUGAAGGACUUCAGGAACUUCCUGUAGAAAAGCCCCCAAAACAAAACAAACCUUAAUUGACUAAAAGGUAUUGCAUGCUCAACUUAGGAUAAGCACUACGGCAAAGGAUACGAAAUCUACCAAGCUUGCAAGACCAGUUGAAGCUGACUCAAAAAUCCUAACAUUCAACUGAUUGCCGGCAGGCUUAGAGUCAGGCAUCUGCUGCUUCGGUGGGGGCCCAACGCGCAUGCUGGGCGCCUGGGUGAUUGAGAUCCAAAGAGAAGGGCACUGUAAGACAGGCCAGAUGAACUGGCUCCUCGUCAUGGGACUGGUACCUCAGAUCUGAGCAUGGCCCUUGUUUUUGGCACGUAGCGGAGAAAGGAUUGAUUUGAACUUAACCUUGCAAAGCAAGUUCUCUGUUUUAGCAGUAGUUUGUUGUAGGUUUCAGGGAUGACAAAUUUGGAUGCACUCAUUUAAAAUGUUUUGGUCACAUAUCAGCUCUUGAUGCCUUUCUUUUAAAUUAAUUAUAGACAGAGAGAGGCAUUUAGCUGAUCUCUUACUCUGGUAUUUCUUUUUUUGUUGUUUUCGUUUUUUUAAAUCACAAGUAGAUUGCCAGCGUAAUGGAGAGGAAACCAGAUUGGAUACGGACUCUUUUUUAUGCCUAUUCUGGUGUUGCGUUUGUAUAUCCAAAUGGACGUUAUCCUCUCAGAUUCUUAUCUGGCACUAAUUUAUAACUAUUAUAUUAUCAGAGACUACGUAGCAAUAUAUCAAUGCACAGGCGCAUCCCAGGCCUGUACAGAUGUAUGUCUACACGUAAGUAUAAAUGAAUUUGCAUACCAGGUUUUACACUUGCGUCUCUAAUAGAGAUUAAAAACAACAAAUUGGCCUCUUCCUAAGUAUAUUAAUAUCAUUUAUCCUUACAUUUUAUGCUCCCCCCCCCAAAUUAAUGACUGAGUUGGUGGAAAGCGGCUAGGUUUUAUUCAUACUGUUUUUUGUUCUCGACUUCAAAAGUAAUCUACCUCUUAAAAAUUUGUAGUUUAAUAUUUGUUUGGUGAAUUUGUGCCACUUUAAUCCUUCCACUAUCAUUCCCAUUUUGUUACAUUUCUGUUAUGGGGACUUUAUGUUGAAAUAUUGUAUAAAGCAUUUGUAGCAAUUUAAAAAUAAAAUAUUUAAAAUUAUUUAAAUUGUUUUGGACGCUUCAAUUGUAUUAUAUGUGAUUUACAUUUCACUUUUUUUGUUGGCGUUGUUAACCCGGAGAGUGCUCCUGUAUUGAACUUUGCUGUUAGUUAUUUUAUUUGCUUCUUUUUGGAGAGUGCUAUAAAAGACUAUUCUAAUGAAAACAUUAAAAUUUACAAUUUGACAUACAAAAAGGGGUUGUCCAUUGAUUUUAACCAAUGUAGCACUGAGAGAGAGAGAGGUUAAUUAUAGAUAGACAAGAAUGGUGUUUGCUGUUUUUCCCCUCCCAGCAUUGAAAUCACUGGGGCUUGUCAGAUGUAUUCAAAAAAGAUUUUUUGUGCUAUUGCUGCAAACACUUAAUAACUAGAGGAGAAUUUAAACAAUGCAUUUUAUAUUAUUGUAACCAAUAAAAAACUUUCUAAACAUCUGUGAAA